UUCUCGUGUUUCUUUUGCUCUGUUUGCAGAUAGAGGUACUCCUCCUUUUUAGUUCGUUCUUCCUAUUCCCAUUCAUUAUUUGCAAAAACGAUCUCCCUGUUUGUGGCGAUAAUUGUGCUGGCGCUAGCACGAUUCGAAUAUAUGUCCAACAUAGGUUUUAGUUUCAUUUCGUUGGUUUCGUUGAAAUGCCUGUGAGCGGUGCAUAGAUAUUUGAAAGUAUCUCUUGAGUUCUCUCGUACUAGUAUCGGCUAGUGGUUCAUCAAGAUCGAUGUUUCGAAGUCGUCGCAGUAGUUUCCUUGCUCGUUUUUAGGAUCGAAGCACGUAACAAGACAAAAAGACUGUCCCAUGAGGUAGGAUCACUAGGUCUUCGAGGUAAUGUGGAAAUUUUUACCAAGUACGUGGAGAGGCAAGACAGGUAGUUCUGCCCAGAUGUAGGCUACUUACUAUGCCUCAUCUGAGGACCGCUCUUUAACGAAGUACUUAUCAUAAGAACAAGAAGUCUCUGUAGUACAUGCAGGACACAGAGGAACUAUGAGAGGCCCCGCACGACCAUCAACUGACAGUGCUGAGCCCUGUUGUGUGGUCGUUUUUCUGAGGAGGACAGCGAGGUAACGAGAGUCGUCGAUGCGGCGUGCGGCGCGAUUUUUCGCAGUUGCACAGGGUGCAGCGCUCGGAAGCUUCCAAGAUGGGGGUUCCGAAUCGUCGACUUCCCGGAAUCCCUCCGACCGUAGAGGGGCGAGGACAGACGAAGCUGCGUUGGCAGCGUCACUAGCUUCUGCACGUCUAGAAGAUUCUAGUACGGUGCUCGCAGCUGGUCAACUGCCGAGGACCACGACAUCAUCGUCCUCGGGAAGACACUCUGCGGCAGAAGACAAGCGAGUGCUGAAAGACUCACUGAUUAAUGAGGAUGCGACUCAUCAUCAAAGCGGCGACGAGGGGAAAGUGGAGAGGCGAGACGGAAGAGGAAACGCGUCUGGUGAAACACCGCGAGAGGCCCGUCUUCCGAAGGAUCGCGGGAAGACACGAGGGGCAUGGGAGCAUGUCAGAGGAAAUUCAGAGGAGUCGGCAAUCCGCGCUGGAGAUACCAGUGUGUCAAAUAUACGGGACAAUGGUGAGAAAUAUCACUAUCAAGAUGGUGGAGUCGAGCUGGAGGAGAGCGGGCGAGAAAGCCUCGAGCGAGAACUCGUAGAAAAAGACCGAGUGGCGAGCACACUGCCGAAUUUCCGCAAGUUUCAUCAUGUGCGCGACCCGGUGCUUCGCGUGAGUGGCGACCUGGACUCGCUGCCAGAGGGUCAACGCCGUGCGGUUGCGCGAAUGCUGGCACGGAAGUUUCUGCAAGGGAGAGCGUUGCCGGAGGAGAGAGGAGGUAGAGGUGUAGACACCGGCGUCGGAGGAAAGCGCUCGCUGGGGUUUUCAGAGAGAAAAGAUCAGGAUGGAUUGCCCAGACGAUCCACAGAGAUGAAGCGCGAUGAAGAAGACUUGGUGCAGGGAGCGUCGGUGGAGGAUUUUCUUACCCAGCUGCCACAGCAGCUAAGAGUGGAGGCCGCUGCUUCGGUGCAUUACAUGAGUGCCGCUGAGGGCAGACUUGACGAGGAGAGGCCAGAGUCCAGCAAAAGCGCAACAGGGCUACCGGAACGCAGCCACAUGAAGGUGGAAGACAGGCGUGCGACGUCGACGGACGACGCAGAAGAUUCGGACAACCUCGGACCCGUGUCCGAGAUGGAUGACUCUCUUGUCCCGUCUCUGCACAGUCCUCUCUUCCGGCAGACACUGCAAGCCAUUUACGACGAGGAGCGUGAACAGCUCUACGCAAGUACGUCGGGAAGACAACUCUACAAAGAUGAAGAAUCGAGCGCCGCGUCAGGCUCAGACGCGUCUUCAAGCCGUCGUGUACUUGCCGCUCAGCCUAGUGGGUCGACCUGGGACUGGCUUCCGGGUAGCGGACAGUUGCCGACGUUCACGCAAGUGAACGGGCCCGACAUUAUUGGCGUGGAAACGCAGAAAGACAUCUCGAUUGUGGGUUACGCGAGCACCAACCUCUGGCUGCAGAACGAGAUUAUCGUGAACGUGCGUCCGCCGAACCGGUUUGGGUCGGGCGCUCACCCGGAUCCGAAGAUGAAGUUCGUCGAUGGCGACAUUUCCGCACGAGAGCAGUGUCAGGACGGACAGGGCCGCGAUGUGCGAAUGGGUGUGGUAGACCAUGCCGGGACGAUCAGUUUCGGCGUCUCGGGGCGGUAUGCGAACCACACUAAGCUCUUCGAUGCAGCGGUGGAUCCGGCAGCGGAGGAGCGUGUCAUCGGGAGCAACCAGCCAUUCGCUUUCAUGCACGGGGGUGCGUAUAAGAUUUGCUACGCGCCGGACGGAGAUUUCGUUUCCCCCGCACCGCGCACGACCGCGUUGAUUACCAGUCUGUGGCUCCCUUCUCCCAUGCUCGUCUACGGUGUGCGCUCUGCGUGUCUGAACAGUCAUGAGUGCAUCAAGGACGAGCAGUGGCACUGCUGGUACGCAGGGCUGGAUGACCAGAGUGGGGACUGCAGUUUUGCUUUCACGGGGACAAAAAUCCGUGUUGGGUUCUCCCUCUUUUCGUCAACCGUAUCGAAGAUGACCUGGACAGGGCUCUACAGCGGCGAAGAGUACGACGACAACGGACUCGUGAAUAAGACGGCCACUCCCAGUGAGUGCCGCAACGACGACCCAGCGAGCACGAUUUUUAAGACCUUCCCCUCGACCUUCAUCACCGUUGACAGCAUCAACAUCGCUACCAUGCCGAAGUUGGCCCAUGACCAAACUGGCGCGUUCACUGUUCGCGUCUGUUACUGCGGUGAUUACGCUAUGGGCGGAAACAAGUGCGACGCCAAGGAAGAAUUCAUCCAGGUCCUCUAUCCUUUUUUUCAGACACCGUUCUACAUAGAUGCUUAUUCGAGCAUACAAUCGAUCCUUCGCAUUUGUUGCACAAGAUUGCUCUGGUAGAGGUGUACCUUCCGUUUCUUUUGACACCCUCAGGGGUACCGUCCGUUCUUUUGACGUUAUUGCUGUUUUUUCAUACAGGCCUUCGGACGCUUGUACAUAUGGCGGUUGAACAUUUGUGACUAUGCAAACGCGCUGACGCCGGAGUGCGUGAAUGCGCCAUACCUUCGAGUGGUUCCGCAUCAGAAAUUUUCGCUGCACAUCACGUGUCCGAUGGGGGGCGCAUGUUUAUUAUGGGUCGUGGUUCUUCAAUAGAUGAUUAAAACGUAAAAAAAGAUGAAGUGAAAUCAACUAUAAUGAAGAGCAUCAAUGUAUUACUAUGUAUACGGAAUCCAUCAUAAGAUCAGGAACGGCUCUACCAGUAAAAAGAAGUCUUUUUUGAUCGAUGAAGAUAUCUAAGGUUAGCAAGCGGGGACAACCGGAUCGGGAUCAUUCCGGCACAAAGCAUCAACGACUUGAUGUUUUGGGAUGCGACCAGCGGCUGCAUGGGUGCCUCUAUUGACGCGCCGACCGUGCACUGGCCCGUGAAGAGCGACAGUCGCUCGGUGAGUGGCGGAGCGCGGCAAGACUACAAGCUGUGGCGAGACAAGCAGCCGCGGAUCGAUUUCGCUCCCGGACAGAAAAUGGAUGUCUGCUUUUGCCAGGAGAAUUGUAACUAAGGCUCAUUAUUGAUAUUUGUUAACAUAGAGAGAGCUGGUACUGGCUCGAAGAUGUAAGUAGUUAACAACGUGCAUUAUUAUUUCUCCGACACAGCGCAGACGCUUCAUUUUUUUCCAAAUUAUAGCACGAGAAGUGAGUCAGGCAUUUCUAAGUUAAUACGCAGAGCAACAUGAAUUGGUGGAAGGUCGGGCACGUGGUCGGAGCGAACUUCGUUAUGGCGCAGGCAGCAGGGGCAGAUGGUAGUGCCAAGGCCACCAUACACGUGGUCAGGUAUAUGGGAAAGCCUGGCGCUUUCGUGCUUCUGGGAGGCUCUAAGACCCAGUUUUACGUGCCAAAUAUCGUGCACGGUACUUCUGCCUUUUCUUGAAAAAGAAAUAAAUGGCUAAGAAAGAAGAAUCAUUUGAACAUUGUCUUUGAGAGCUUGAUACCUCAUUCAUCCACAGGCGCUACCAGUUCACAAUUGGUUGACAAGAUUUACUACCUUGGAAUAGAAAUAGAAUGCUUCUCGCUCCUUAUAGCAGAUACAUCCUAGUAAAUAUGCAUGAGUCAAAUUAUAUGUACCAGUUCUUUAUAUCCAUCAACAACGAUCAUCAAAACUUCAGAGGAUAAUGUGAACGAUUAUGUGGCCUACGGGGAUGGUCAGCGGUACAGCGGCGACGCUUUGCUGAAGAUCUUCCCGUACGACUUCGGCAGCGUUCCAAGCAGCAGUCCUGCAACCACGUUUGAGAAGUUCUUACAGUACGACUUGAAGCACUUCGACCCGUCAGAAAAACAGGCGCAGUUGGACACAGUAUGCAACGACCAGAAUCAAGUUCCGAAUGCCGUGGACACGACCUUGUUAUGGCUACCACUCCUCAUCUAAACAGCUACUAGGUACCUUUUAUCGACGAAGCAAUGCUAAGCAUAUUUUUAGGAUUUCUUAUGGAUUUGUUGUGAUGCAGUUGCAUGCGGAUGCUUAUGAGGUUCGCAAUACAUAGGUCACAUUGACAUUUGUAGUAUAAAUCUAGAUUUUAUUUGAAUUUUAGAGCUUCUAACUUUGAUUGACCAGAUCCAGAAGGUGAAUGCUGGUGGCGAUGACAAUGCUGUGACAGCUUAUCAUGCCUUUAUCAAUGGGGAUGCGAACCAGCUAUCCACGAUGAAACAGCCGGGAAUUAUUUUACGACGAAACUUCCUCGCAAGUAAGUGUGUGAACUCAUUACUCGUAGUACUUACUAGCUUAGUACUCGUACUAGCUUAAUAGUCGAGGAAAAAUAUUGUCUGGUGAUGAUUUCCUCGAUCAUGAUGACAUAAUAUAAUCUACUUAUGCUAGACGAGAACAGGCAAAGCGCAAGCCACUCCCGUCACGCACCCACUAGCAGUAUGAUUAUAACGAGCUUGUUAUGUACUCUCCAAGCGCUAAUCUUGGGGUUGUGCUAUUGUGCAAUACUGACUGCAGACAAGGCCGCGUGCGAUCCGCUUGCCCAGUGGCGUUUUGCCAUGUUGCUCAUGGUAUCGGGUCCGAUUCCUGCCCAAACAUGGAGUUAAGCCUAAAUAUUCUAGAUUUUCAAUUACAAGCGUCUUUCAUUUUUCAUCACUAGAAAGAUGAGAAAGUACUUAGAUGAAAUUAUUAAUGCGUUCGCGUCGUCUGAUUCAGUAGCUUCAACUUGUAAUCACCCACCGCACUGCAUGUUGAUGGACUGUUAUUGGAACAUUAUUUUCGUGUAGUAUAGAGUCUGCCACGACUUGUCUAAUCUUGACUACCAACGGAAGCAGUGAGCCGAGUGAUUCUGCAAGGAAGCGGCUUCGAUGCGGGUGACGUACUGAGGAUCGUGCCCAACAACGUUCUUUUUAUGGCUCACCACGUCUUGAGUUUCAAUGGUGUAUCAAAACUACUUCAUACUUGGGUUGUGAGAGUCUCCUCAGAAAUUUGAGGCUAUCGCCAGUAAAACCUUGCUUCCGAUGGUUAACGUAGUAUAUGGACCUGUACGCUGGUGCAAACAUACCUUGAACUUUAUUCACAAGGUAGUUGAGUACUUAAGGUGGAGUAUUGGAAGCAAAAGCAGCAAGAUAGAAAUGAAGCCCUUUGGUAUUUUUCUUCUAAUGAACGCACGGACAAUUCGAACAAUCCCGCUCCGGAUUCUACGCACAAGAUCGGGUGCCCCUCUGUCGAAGGCAGUGGCUGCAUCACAGAGUCUGCGUGUCCUCUCAUCUCCGGAAUCAGUUGUCGGACUGCGUCCGCGUCAGACGGGGCACAUGGUUCCUACAUCUUCCUGCAAACCCUGGCCAAGAACCAAAUAUCGCCGCCAAUCGGGAUCGAGUCCGUUUCCACCCUUUUCAGUACUUCUACUUGUUACAAGUUUUUUUUUGUACUAUCUAAAUCAGAACUGCUCUCGUACUAGUUGUUAUAAGACAAAAAGAUUUCGAUAUCGAUUUGGAGUUUAUCUAUCAAUAGUCUAAGUAAUUAUUUGCGCUACUUGGUCGUUCGUUUCAUCACUUUAUACAAGACCCUUCUCGAAGUGAGUCGUGUGGCUUGUAUUUGUUGUCGUAAUGGAUACUUUUCACAAAAUUAAUGAACAUUUGUAACUUCAUCGCUACAGGUACGAAAGAAUACACGGUCCUGAAAUUUACUGGGAACGUGCAAUAUUCCGGUUUGAAAGUUAAGAACAAUGCUCUAGCUUUUUAUAAUAUUGUGAGUGAACAACAGAGGGACAUUGGCAGAGCAGUCAGUGCGAUGAAUAGCGUGCAGGUCGUCAUGAAUAGCUUUUAGUACUCCAGUCGUUUCUGUUAUGUUGUCAAAUUUUUGUCCACCGUUUUGCCUGCAUAGUUUCUUGAUUUACCAAAAGUGACUUGAAAUUGAAUUUUAUUUGCCAACACGGUUAGAUGGUAUUAAAAAAACGCUAAGAAAAAGGGAGACACGCUACUGAUCGACAAGAACGACUUGAUUUUUGAGGACCGUGGUGGUUCGAAUUACGAUAUUUCGCUGUGGAAGACGAAUAGUCGGAUGCGUGAACUCGCUAGCGUGUUUACCAACAAUCGGCAACCCGAAGACAUUCCAGACCCAACGAUUUCCGACAAGAGAACCAAUCCCCUGGGAUGGAAAAUACGGUAAAUACUAUGGUUUGACUUUUUAUUUCAUUGAUUGCUUGAGAGUAGAUUUGAAGCUGGACGAUUCUUUUGUGUUGAAUCAAUAUCUUUGUGCGUAUAGCUGCUGCCAAAAUUCACAAUUAAAAGGUUUUUUUCCGAUUCGCGCAUUCCGGCAGCGGACGCAGCGCGCUAUUUGCAGAUUCCGCUGAAAUGGGAGGAAGAGAUUGGUGAGAAGGUUGUGAGCGGUCAGGUGAUGUGGUUUCGCUAUCCGUACAAGAUCAAGUUUAAGAACCUAAAUGGACGGUGGCUGCGGUCGUCCGCGACCCGGAGCAAUAGCGAAAUCAAGGGGAAAACAGCGACGUCCACGUCUAGUCCACUGCGGGUUUGCUGGGGCCGAAUGGAGGGGUCUACACCGAAGUUCUACGCGGACGCGGGGUCUCUCACGUUCUUCGACCCGAGUGCCAUGCCCAAGGCCCACGUUUCCCUCACCUCCACAGGGGAAAAGGGGUACUCGCCCAUCAUCAUCAGCUUCGAGCUUUCCCAGACACAAACGGAGUACAAUUAAGGGCAGGAAGAUGAGGAAGUUUUCUACAUGAUGAAGAAAAUAGAAUCAGAAAAGUCUAUCUUCUCUCAUUCAACCUCGUCGUGGCUCCAAAAAUCAUCAGUUUCACGUGGAGGAAGCUAUCAUUUCGAUCUACCCGUCAGCUACUUUUCAAGAUGACCGGUGCAUCUGGCUCUAUGAAUGUAUUUACAUAGAGUUGUUUGAUAUUGGAAAACUAGAAGGAACUUAAAUGAUGUCUUCUAAUGGAAGCAGUACACGGUAGGGUUCCAGCAUCAGCUGACGUUGCGUUUCAAAGACCUGGAGAAGUUGGACCCACGCAGGAACACAGACCACUCGCCAGUGGUGGUCCCGAGUGCAAUGGACACUGGAGAAGUAGUAGAGUUGGACGCGUUUCAGAGUGUUUGCGGUAUGCUCUUCGUGGAAAUGUGGUCCAAUGACAGGGAAGGCUUUCCUAUGCCCAAUGGAUGCUACUACUCGCGGAAGUAUCGCGACGCGUCAGAAGGCAACGCCGGAAACCCCCAAUGGCGUGAGCUCUCUAUCGUCUUCCCGUUCUCGAAUGGCUUCAAGCACCAAUGCAGGACACACGCGAAUGAGAUUGUCAGCUGUCGGUACCAGCUCACGCUCAAUGCGCAAAUUGGGGCACAAUCCUCGGUUUCCAGUGGCGAUAACCUUGUAGACGUGUACACCAAGUGCCCCAGGUGUGGCCCCAACGGAAGCGACAUCAUCUUCGAAAAGGGUAUUACCUAUAUUUUUGUGGAGUAACUAUCAUACGUAGGCUUUAGAGUUGUUUGGUUAUUUUCUACUGAGGCCCAAUCAAGCAGUAGAAGUGCUGGAUAAGUAACAACUUACUACUAGGUAGAGUAGACGCUAUGUCUGUGCAGUGUAGAUGAUGAGAAGUUCAUCACAUGAAAUCGUAAUCAAUCUGUCUCAAUUUUUACCAAGUACAUCAGACUACAAAAUGUGAUCUUCGUUUAGGUGCAACCACUGUGAACGCGGACAGCCCCUUGGGGGGCACGCAAACACCCGGUGAUCAAAACUCACCGAAGCUUGUCUCCUUCACGAUUCCAUCUCCCCAGAGCGAUGCAGCUUCUUCGUCGGACGAGGCGUUUGACCUGAAUGCGAACACGGUGAUAGACGCGCAGUUGAUCGGCGGCGACGCGUUGCAAGCGAUUACACAGAAGAGCUACUUGCGCCUCUACCUGUAUCCCCUCCUCGCCUGGGAGGUGCCGACCAGUGUUUGCUCAGUGCUCUGCGUCGACUAUGUCGUCGGAGGUACAAGCUUCAAAUGCGGCGAGCCGACACAAGUGAAUCCGACGUUGGAAGUCGCCAUCAUUUCCCUGGUACCUACUACCUGUCAUAUUCAUAUUUUUACUUGCAGGUGGCUUCAUUUUUCAAUAACUGGUAGUAGUACACCUGAGGUACAAAUGGGAAAGACUUUCUGUCUCAUACUUGAUAUCUGAAUAAGAGGACGGUGUCUAGAUCCUGUGCAUUACGCGACGAAAGAGACGGGACAGAAUUAAAUGACUUGGAGUUACCGAAAGCAAUACAAAUUUAUCCCUAAAACAAAUUCUCAGACACCGUUCGAGCGUCGAAACUUUUUGAAAGUGCGGAUGCCGGCACAGAUGACUGACGUGAUUACUUCGAAUAUUCGACAUGGAAUUCAGAUCUCUUCUCUAGAAUUUCCAGCGACUGGAUUCUUCAACGUUCGCAUGGGCGCACAGCUGACGGACGAACGCGACGAAAAGCCAACUUUUGUGACUUCGACCGGCCUUCUCCAUAAAAACUCGGGUAUCGGUGGGGAAACCAGCGGACGGAUAGUUAAGCCAUAAAAACUUAAUCUAAACUAAUAACAAAAGCUAAACUAAAUGUCACAGGGCCAUUUACACUGGAUGAUACUAUGACUAUUUUGCGUUACACUUGCAAAAACAUGUUUCUACCAUAGGCAACCCAGUAUCUAAGAGAAAAGGACGUAAAUGUGCUGGUGCAUCAUACUGACUCCAAACGAAACCUAUCGUUCCUCUUCCUCCUUUGUUGACAUAGUACUAUCUGGAAGAAGAUAGAAGAUCGAGCAUAUCGUAGGAUUGGCUAAAAAACAAAUAAGAAGAACAUGAAGAAGAUGAUGAUUGUUUUCUUAUUCUUGAUUUGGACACUCCGUUUCUAAGAUGCUGGUGAACGGCGCGACUGGGUAUGGUCCUAAGCCCUUUCACUCGCAGAUCCGAAACGUUGUGCACGUGAGACUGCUUCUUGGCGCAACACUAUUCCACAACGGUCAGACAGACGCCGCCUUCCUGGAAAUCCACGCGCCGUCGAGUGCAAACAAACAGUACGUUGGGCGCUGUGACCUCACGGAGCCGGCAGCCUCGAAUAUCCCCAACUUUUUCGAUUUCGAUAUGGAUGGCUAUAUCGACUACAACCACGGCAGUUUAGGGACGGCAAACACCGAAGGAAAGUGGAGCUUCGGCAGCAACCAAUACAUCUGCAAGUAAAAUUUUAACUUCUAACCUUUCUUGAAGAUGGGAACGACUACAGAAGUCGUUGCUGGCUUAAGCUUGUGUGUCUGGUGUGAACAAGACGGAAUAGUUAGGCUGACUCUGUGAUUUUCAGAACUGAAAGUGAUCAUGGCACGUUAGCCGCGAUCAUUACACAUCAACUAGAUGUUCCACGUCGACUUCAAGAACUAGGGGUUAGUAGUGUAAUUAGUUCCUAUCCUGUUGAACUACGCAACAAUUUUUUUUCUUCAAGGUACACCUUGGAACCGAGUAUGGUAAUCUACGCGGGGAUGUCAUUGUACAUCAAGAUCACGGUUGACAAUCCGAUAGAGUCGAUGACGAAGACGGACCCCGAUAAUUAUGCGCUUCAAACAAAAUUGAUACAUGAUCAUGAUGAUGAGGAUCAUAUGAAUUUGCUGAGAUAGCUUCGUGUUGUAGUUUAGGUUUGCUGCUUGUUUAGAGAUACAGUGUGGUUGUUGAAAUGUAGUGGUCACCGUGUUGACAUGUAGCAAGGCCCUUGCUUUGACUACAUUUCUAUGUUAAAGUUUGUUUGCCUUUGCGCUGAGCUCAAUUAUAUCUGAAGCCAGCGCAAUCGUGUAGCGAAUAGCGUCUUCUAAGACAUUCAGUGGAAAAUCAAGCUGUUUUCGAAGGGCGUAACGUCGCAGCAGACCGCGAGAAUUAUGGCGGGCCCUGAUGGCAGCGGUAUCCCAUUCAAUCCUGCGAAAGGCACUGUCCUGGAGCAAGAAGCGAGCUACCAGCGACCUGGUGAACCGAAACUUUGGUACCAAAACGUGGGAGUUGUACAGCCGCUUGAAAAACCUGUCCUUAAGUCUUUGGUUCUUCUUGGUGAUUCAUUGACAUUGAUUACAUUAACGCAAUACAACAGUUUAUUUUUCAGGAUUGAUUCUCAUUCUCUCGAAGGCGUCUUGGACCACCUGGGUUCAAAAUCCGAUGGAUCGUGGUCUACUAAAUCGUAUCGUCCUUGAAUGGUAUAUAUAAAUACUAGGUAUCAGUACAACUAUCGCCGCAGUUAAAAACUGUAGCAUUCUCCUGAAAAUUGACCUUCUUCGUUAGUAGAAGUAGCCUUUCUUCUUAGAGGAUAGGUGACUGGCCUAUUCCUACUGAGGCUCUUCUUAUUCCUUACUGAUUUAUUAGUCAAGCUCUAAUAGUCUAUCCCCGACGCACUUUCGUCUGUCCACAAGCCUGCGCGUUGAGCAUUCGGACGUUUAUAUCUUUUUCCGCAUCCUCACCACCGUGGGUCGGAACGGGUACAUAAAGAUCGACGCUCCUUGCGGCUUCGACUUCGGCAAUCAGGUGGUCGGGAAGCCGCAAGAAUGCAUCACGGGAGGUCUGCCAAGGUAUUUUUCUAUUAUUACUAAAUUGAAUCCGCGACAGACCGGUGGCUAUACAACGCGGGCGCUAGUGUUGACUUUGGGCAUUCUGCUGCGGCUUCCGUGCGAGAGUUUUACAGGUAUAAAGUAGCUAGGGCCCUUUUCUCUGGUUGUGGGUAUAUUUGGUGAACCGGUGGCCCUUAGCGGACAAACCUGCGCACGCAGCUGACGCUGAGCACUCACCGGAAGCGUUGCACAGGGCUCCGCCCUGCCUUCGAAGGUGAGACCUAUGGGGCUGACAGGACGACGAUAGCGCCGGCGGUUGAUUAGUUUUAGCAGAGAUGAGUAUACUCGGUGAUAGUUGCCCUUUUCCCUUUUCUAUGUUCCUCUAGUCUUUCUUUUUUCUAGUUGGGUCAGUCUGCUUCGCCACAAUUAUUACUAAAUUGAAUUUACGUGUUGAGCUUGAGACCCGCAAUGUUUCAACUUCACCUUUACUUCUUGUGUCUCGGUGGGUCGACGAUAGUUGUCAGCUGAAAUAAUCUGAGGUAGCUCUUUCAUACCCAUGCUACCGCUUCUUCGGUGUCUCACUGCACAUCAUUUUUUCAAUGUAUUAUUACGCCUGUUAUUGAUGUGGACUCUUCUUGAUGUUGACGCGGCCAGGUACUACUACGAUUACAUUGAUGUGAAUUACGAGCCGACGCGGAAUUUAACCGCCGUGUUGUCGUGCACAGCCAAAAACCUGAUUCCCGAAUGUCCUGCACCGGGUCCCUACAACCGCGGCGUGAUGCACGUCGGAGACUACAUGGGCUUGAAUAGAGACACCGGACGCAUGGAUCAAUACGGUUUUGCCGUGCGUGUGAAGCACAGUCUCGAGUUCAACAACCCCCAAGACUUCACAAUGUGGAAGCUCUUUGUCGCAGACAGCAACGACUUCGUGGUAGACGGAACCCGUGACACGCUCUUCUUCCAGAAAGACAGCUAUGAUUUUCAAUUUUUUUGGUCGUUUCGUUUUAACGAUCUACUCCUUCCUCUUCAUCUAGCUAUGCGCGGUUCAUCAACGGCUAUGUUCAACUCAAUUUCAACGGUUUUGGCGUUUAUUGACACCUAAGUAGUGUUGAUGUGCAUGUGAUAACAUUUUGUUCUAAGACAUUAAGGAGGGCGCCACGGAUGCUGCCGCUGACAAGGCUUUUGGGUUAUACGUGACCGACUUCACGAAGAUGCCUACGAUCUCGGUCGCGGUAGAGAACCUCAUGCCUGCUGCGUACAAGCCGCAGGGCGACAAAGGCACUUACGUCAGCUUCGACGGCUUUCGCCUGCUCGCGGAUCUGCACGGCGUCACCUUGCGCUUCACGAAUCCCACCGGUUGGCGUUGGACUGUGGAUCCGGGCGUCGUCUUCGUGGACCGGCCAAGAGGCACGAUGGGCUAUCUUGCGUGGCCCUGUGCUAAUCUGGAAGUGAGCCAGUUUACGCAGGCCAGGUUCACCGGGUGCAAAUUUCAGGGUAUGCAGACCUACGGAUUCUCCAUGGAAGCGACCGUUCCGGAUCUUUCUCCCACCUACUCGGCGAAUGUGUUUUAUCUGGAACUCGGGUUCAUGGGCACGCAAGUGACGAAUUCCACCGACAACGGGACUUAUCGAUACAACGCGGCACCUAUCGAUGCGCCACUUGUGCGGGCGUUGCGCAAUACGGUCUUCGGUUAUCGUACAGCGAGAGCCGGAUCCGAAAACGUCGUCACCAUACAAUUUCGCCUUAUUUCCAUGCUGACGGCCAAGGAAGAAGCACUCGUUAUCGAAGGUAGUUCUUGCAUCUCAUUUCUCAAUUUACCAACGAACUCAAGAACUUUGAAGUUCCAGAUCGUUUUCGAUUAUUUGUAACUCUAGACUCUCCUUACGUCUGCUUCGUCAAAGACUCUCGGUUUAUUUCAUCCUGUAAAGAUCUAUGUUGAUCUUCAACGAGUGCUCGUUCGACAUCUUCAGGUGAAGGCAAGAACGCAUUGUUCCAUUUCCGUUGUGAUAAGCGGCAGUACGACACCACUACGGGGCUCACGUAUGUGAUCACAGAGCAGAACAUCUUCGAUUUUGGGCCACCCGACUUCGUGCGGCUGCCGCAUGCCUACGGGUGCAAGGAUGACGUGGAAGGGAAACUGUACCUGUACGUGAACGAAACUGCGCUUGAGACCAUGUGGUGGCAGAGCGGGUACUACAUGAUGGAAGUGAAACUGCAAAAUUUGCCGGAAAAGAACGAGGCCAACGACCAGUGGAAAUUCGGGACGUUCCAGAACGGGCUCCCGCAGGAAAUCCAGGGAGGCCCGCUGAUCACUCCGGUAAUGAUCGACGCGGCGGCCACCACCCCAGGCUUUCCCAUAUUGGACGAAAUGCAGAAGGGCUUGCUGGUAAAGUUUGCGGACGCGCAGCUGGAGGCGGACGUUCGGCGUGCGACCGGGCGCGACGACCGGCCUGGGUAUUGGCCGGACGCGCCGCAAACGAACCAGCUCAUUUUCCGAUUCCAGAUGAAGAAUGCGCCGAACGUGAAGAUAGAGGGCGGCUUCGUUCUGCGCGGUCCCAAUGGCUUUCGCUUUGCGAACGACUGCUCGGACAAAAUCGUGGUGGCCAAGGAUAAGGUGUUCGGGGAACAUAGUUCGCUGGGCAUCUACUGCUUCCCGGACCACCUUACCAACUGCGGCGCUAACAUGAAUCCCUGCGUGCCGUCGCUUUCGAACCCGCGCUGCGUACCGAUGAAGCACGACUCCAGCUACAUCUACAGCGCGUACGGGAUCGCGGAGUGGCCGGCAGGCAAGGAGCCGGAGACCUGCAACGGGUUCGAGAAUCUGGCCCAGAUCACCAUUCCGGUCGGGCUGGACGACAGUCUGGACUACGUUUUUCGUAUAGAGGUGGAGAGCAACCCUCCGCGAACGCCGGAGCCUAAUUUCUGGUCGAUCGAGUACUCUGGUGAAGCCUCCACGCUGUUCGAGUCCUUCGUACUGCAGACCAUGACCGGACUCACGAUGGCCGCGGUCAGCAAAGCGGUGCGUAGCGCCAAUCUCGCAGAGAGCUUCACAAAUCCUGUAGAAUUCAAUUUCCGCCCCUUCCAGACCGCGCCCAAGCGGAACGAGAACGACGCCUACGGCGGCCAGCUUACGGUGGAAGCGCCAACGGGGUACGACUUUGUGUACGAAACCGUGGCACGCCGUGUGCUGCGCGACGGCUCACCGGUGUCCGCCCACGACCAGAAGCGUCUAGAGCACCACCUUCGGAAGCUACGCAUGCGCCGCCAGCUGCUGCGCGAGGAGGAAGAGCGCCUGCGAACAGGCGCUGUCGGAACAAAUGCAGCAAGAGAAGAGAAUCAGGAGCAAGUUCAUCGUGCAGGAGAGACGAUGAAUAAAGGUGGUAGAAGAGCCACAACAUCUUCAGCCACCGACGUGAUCAGCUCAAUGAUGGCCGAGCGAGACCGAAGACGCCGGCUGCUUGAGGCAGUUGAUGAAAAACUAUCAGCGUGGGAGCAAGCAGAAUUCCUCGAGAAGGGGUUGCCAUUACCUUUUGCGCUGUACCCAGAGGACCCGACAGCUGCUGGACCUGGCAUGACCGAGGUGCCGGUGCAGACGCGGCAGCUCGAGGCCCACAAUCGGGCGCUGCAGCAAAAGCGUCGAAAACUUGCUUCUAAGCGAAAAGCGUCCGAAGCAAAAAGACCGCACCUCUACGGCUGUGACGCGUCCGCAGCAUCUGCGAAGGACCAGGGGCCUGGAUGCCUCUAUGAGCGGCCAGAGCACAGGCGCUACACGCUUGCCAACGUCCCCGUUCCGGUUCCUGACGAGGAUGCUCCUGCACCGGCGCGAGCUGAGAGGGGUGACCUCGAAGACGCGGCGUCGGAAGGUAGUUUCUCGAUGUCAGCAGAGUUGGAGGCCGCUGUGGAAGGGACCGCGGGAUUGACCGAGCGCGACACGUGGUCCUUGUCUGAAGACGAUCAAAGACUGCUUCGAGAGGAGUUGGAGAGGGAAGCGGCGUACUACCAGCAUCACUUCUUCGCGGAUCAAGAGCGACAGCGGCGGCGUGGGCUCUUCACGAGGGAGCCUUUGCGGCAAAUGGAGGAGCAAGAGCUGAGCUUGCCUCCCCUGCGUCGCCUAGUGACCAAUAGGUGCAACCUGAGCCUGAAGACGCUGGAUCUGACCACCAUUAUGGUGGAGGGCCGCGACGUGGACUGCGAGAUUUUAGCCAACGGUAAGUUGCGAACGCGCAUCCUGUCCUUGGAGAAGGAGCUGGUGAAUACGAAGGACUGGCAGCUCAUUGUGUACGUAUACAACCGUGCGAACAUCGUGACGCCGGAAACGGGAACCGGGAACUUCGAACUGCGUACCUUCGACAAGGACAUGAAGCUUUUGGACUUGGCUCGCGUCCCCGGUUUCGACGUGAUCAACAUCAUCAACGUAUGGCAGGUCCGGAACACGCAGAGCGUGUUCAACGGGAAGGAGAAGGUGCCGAGGGUGGAAUUCGUCUGUUCCCUGCCCGACGCAUUGGAGCCUAAUGACGACCUCGAGAUUCAGGCACCACUAGGGUUCGACUUGCGCGUGGAAGGAACGGCAGGGCAAUGCAACAACUUCCAGUGGGCGGGUGGCUACAACCCGCUGCCCUCUUCCAUCGCGCCGCUGUGCACGUGCGAAGCCAGCUACGCGCUGAAUGGCGUCCCUCGGUGCGGCAUGCGCUUCUCGAUGUCCACCACGACGAGCCCAGUGCUCGUCAUGAACACGGAAAUUCGCUUCUCAGUGGACACCACCAAUCCCGAUCAAGUGACGAGCGAAAUUGGAAACCAUUGGGUCGUCUUUCACAAGCGCGUGAUCAAUACGAUCGUCGUCGGCGGUGUCACCUCCUUCGAGUUUACAACCAGGUAGAAGAAUAUUCUUGAGGAGUUCUCACUACAUGAAUGUGGUACAUUAUUGGCGUUUUCUCGAAUGUUGAUCCACAAGAGCAUGAUUUUGAUUUCUUCAAACUUAAUUGGCACUUUCGUGUCCUUCAUCCACCGCCUCUGUAUGCAAAGCAUUGUUUCACCUUCUAUUGAUAAAUAUCAAUCAGAUCCACCCAUGCGUAUAAAUCGUGGGACGUGCGGCCGCAGUUGCAAGAGGUUUCCAUUACGAUUGUGGGAAACAAGAAGGCCGCUGAUGCCUAUACUGAUAUUGCGUUCUCGUUUUUUCCUGUCCAAAACGCAGUGACAAUGUUGGCAGAGGUGGUGUCACCACCCGGGUUCAAGUUUGGCACCUGCACCGUGGAACCGCCACACGUCAUUGAUUUGGCCACUGGAUCGAACGUGCUCAUCGUAAACUCGAUGAACGUGCAGGCGAACGUGAAAAAGACCAACCUAGUGAUCAAAGGCGUGAAACUAGGACAAGAUGGCGGCCAGACACGGUGGAAUCUGCGGACUUACAUCAACGAGUUGGUGAACGGGCAGCCGCAGGUCCCGCAGGAUCUUCGCGACGAGCGGUUGUCGGUCCCCGGCUUCAUCAUGCCAGGUAAGCUCCACGUGCUUUCCAGUCCGGCCAAGCGACUCGAGAGUGACUACUUCUCCAAUCCGUCAGUGUACCCAACCAUGUCUCAGUUCCCAGCGCGCGAGCAGGAGUUGAACACUGCGGAAAUCACCUUCACCACCACACAGACAGUGUACGCCGGAGGCUACCUCUACAUCACGUGUGGCGGACUGCAGCCCUACAUACUGGAUCCGGAAUCCUUUUCCUUGUCUGGCGGAACCACAGUCGUCGACCAGAACGAGCAGAUUGUCUUCUUGAAUCCAGCCACAGGUGGGCUCGAAGUGCAGUUGAAGCCAAACAAACCCGAGACGGACGCGGUCAUCCGCGCGAACGAGAUCUACAAUUAAGGCUACAUAAUACUGAAAAAGGGUAAAAAGUAGCACUUGCUCUUUCACGUUCAUGUAAAAGGCUAAGCGUAGCCUUCAUCCUGCUUAAUUUUGAAGUAGAGACUGUACUGUGAACUUCUUUAGACAUCACCAAUCAAAGGUGAUUUGUUCUAGGUGCUUUGCUCUAAUGCCUGGUCCGAUUUCGAGUAACGCCCCGCAUCGGGAGUAGCUUCUGGACUCUGGAGACGUUUGCGUUGAACAAUUUCGCGCUGCCUUCAAACACGAAUGACGGCGACGAGGGGCCCUUCGAUCCCGUGUACCGAUUAGGCAUUGAGAUGGUCAUCGUAGGUGGACGGACGCCACCGGGAGCGACGAUCACGAUCAAAAUCAAGGUGAUUUCCGGCAACGCUUCGGUUUUGCAGGUCGUGAUCAUCGCGCCCCCGACGUUCGAUUUUAUGCAGGACUGCGGUCAAAACUGCGAGAGCUACCUAACUUACCAGCCAGAAGGGCGCAAGAGCGUGCGCAUUCGAUCCCCAGAUGGGAUGGCGCUUACGAUCGCGACUUUGAACGAGAUCACGUUUCAGACGAUUACGCCCUCGCAGACGCCGAGCGCGCGGUCGUGGUUUGUGCAGACGAUGGCCGGAAGCAUGUCGGGUGGUUUCCAGGUUACGGGAUGGGCAAGGAAUAACGGGUUCGACAUCAACCAGAUGGAACCCGCCACGGUGUGGUACCCGCAGCGUCGCAGCUUGCAGGGAGCAAACUUCGUUUUCAGCUUCUACUUUUCCUCGAGCAAUGGCCGCGUCAUUCGCGUGAAUCCGCCAGUGCUGUACGAGGUGUAUUGUUCCACGAUGCCGUCGACGGGGGAGCCCGCGUUUUUCCAGGUGUCGCUUCCGGGUGGCCCGCCGUUGUGCGACGAGAAUCCGCUGAAGCUGACGCUGACGACGCCCUUGCAGCGUGGGAGCUACAGCUUCAUCAUUGGCGGCGACGUGCCCAUGCAGGACGCGGCGGCCGGCGUCGUGCAGAACUUUGCGCUAAUCAUCCUGAACGAGUUCGGCGACGUGCUCGACGCGGCGUACCAGUUACCUGCGCGCAAUCCGCUGACCGCCAUACGAGCGGCCAAGGCCACGCUGAAUUGGGAGGGCCUCGCGCAACCGGGCAUCCGGCAGAAGGUCCACGUCGGUUUGGACUUCGAGACGGACGUGCACAACGUGCCAGCUAUUCUGGUGACCUUUCCACGGGGCAUCACGCCCGACUUCUCGAAAGAGUUGGUGAGCCGCAAGCGAGACGUGAAAAACCUGAACAAGAAUUUUCAGGUGGCGGCGGCGCUCGGCUGGGUGGACUUCAGCGCAGAGAGCGACUCGCAAGGAUUCAUCAAGAUCCUAGUGGAGGAGCGUGCGCACAUAGCGGCUGGCCGCUACAAAUGGGAAUUCUACGUGCAGAUGCCGCAACAACUUCCGAGUGAAAAUGUCUGGUUCGUGUCCCUCUGCUUUACGCGGCAGUGUCGCAACAUCAACACGGAGCCGUCUUCGGCCAUUCCUAUCACCUUUCCCAUUCCCGGCUUCAAUUUUGACGAGUCCUCGUUGAAAACACUGAUGCCAUCCGCAGCGCGGCCAGCACGGGGGAGUCUGCCCCUUCUUGCCGCAGUCUUGGUCGCGCUCGUGCACUCGGCGGUGUUUCUUCUGAAACGUGUUCCAGGACGAGGCGCAAGCCCAUGACUGUGCUAGCACAAAGGGGACCGAUAAGGACUAGAACUGAUAGAUAUUUUUACAGAGGGUUAAGUACAUCAUCAGACAGGAAGUGUUUCGGGUCUAGAACUAGAAUCACUGAUAAGGAUCUUCCUUUCGCGCAUAUCAAAUUAAGUAACCGGUAAAUGGCACCACGGUUUGAGGCAGAUGGUCUGUUGUCUAACGGUGGGCUCGUCAAGGGUCAUACUACUUAGAUAAAUUAGUGCUGCAUUUCGGCAUGAUUUGUGGAGGCAUCACCCACAUAAAGGGCUCGUAAGCUUUUUUUGGAAGGCGGACUUCUUUCAUUCUAGGAACGAAACACAAUAACAAUCCAAAGUCGGCAACCUCGAUUCUUACUUUUUUCAGAGCUGAGCUUUCCAGUGGAAACCGAAUAUAGCAGACAACUUGGCGAUUGAUUUUUCAGGGAUCAUGUAUGGCUAGACUAAAUAUUCAUUAGAUCAUGAAAGUUUAUUGAUAAUGCAAAGAGCGCGUGCACAGUACUGCUUUUUUUUUCUACAGAUUGUUUGAAGGAGUCGUAAUAUAAUAAACCAUGAGACACCAGGCCCGCGCAUGUACAUCACGCCUGUUGAGUCUCAAUGGAGAGGACUUCUCAGUCAUGACGAGGAGAACUAGUCCACCCUGUUAAAAAGGGUAUAGACGCAAAACCUUAUGAUUAUGCUAGCUAGAGUUGAGAAGUAGCUGGUGGUACUUGUUCAGAAAGAGAUCAAAAUUAAAUCAGUCGUAAUUUCGUGGUUUGCAGUUGCAGUUGUGCGGCAAAAGCACUAGAUUGAUUGGUCGCAGUCAAAGGUCCGCAAAGAAAAGGCUGCAGGUUGCAUUUGUUGAAGUAGGCGAAUAAAAGUUGACGAAGAAAAUGAAAAAUCAGUUCUCAUUGUUAUUUCCAAAUUUGUUUUGCUAUUCGUGAUAUCUUCAUCGACACUGUUAUUUCAUCAUGUCUUAUUCCUCCAAAAGACCUUAGUACCUUCAGGCUGAUGUUUUAGUUUAUAUGGCUGUCGACAGUUGUUGUCGCAUAGUAAUAGUAUGAAACAAGAACGUCGGUGUACCGUAAGCUGCUAUUAUCAUGUGAAGAUUGAUGCCACACGACCCCCUAUUUGCCCCCAGUCAUAUGUUCUUAUCCCCUUUCCUAUCAUGUUCUUUGCAAGUACUAUCAAGUUUAAGCAGCUAACGCGUUCCGAGACUAUGACGAUCCAAUUUGAACUAUUUUGCAAGCCGCUAAAGGGGAGAAACUUCAGAUCGAAUGCAGUAGUGCAUUGCAGUUUGAAAGUCCAAAUAUCCGAUAAACACCUUCUUGCUGGAGCAGGAGAAAAGCAAGUAU